AUGUGCGAUACGAAUUUUACGUUCGGUCAGAGAGGAAACCACUACUUCCAGAGUUCGUCUCGGCGAGAUUAUACUCGUCUGCCGAAGAAACUCACAUUCCUCCUCACAUCUGCGCAGUCCCAGGAAGUACAUCAUCUAGCCCUCGGUUUCGAAGAUAGCUUCUUGCUGACGUGGCGGGACAAGCAUGGCCGCGAUCACAUCGAAUCCCAAGGCCUGCCUACUGAGCUCACCAACUUCUUGUACGCGACAAAUGCUCAAGGCCGCCUUCUAAGGAACGUCCCCGCCAUUCGCCUUACGCUGGGCCCCCACAACUCUUCCUUCUUCGUCCACGACUCAGCCUCCUACAUCUGGAUGAACCUCCCAUCUGAACUCCUAACAGCACUCCAAGCCCGGAUCAAGGAUGGAAAUUGGAUAGAUCGACCGCGAAUUGUUGCUCUGGGCGCUGACUCGAACUUCCUACUAAUAACAGAGAAACAUGCUGCAGUAUGGGAUCUAGGCUUCUACAACACUAUCUCACGGAUGUUGGAGUACUCGCGCACGCAGACUAGGGGAAUCGCCGAUGUGCGGAACGUAACGCUGCAUCCUUAUCGGUACCAAUGCUUUGUUGCACUGUCGAUGAACGGAACUUUGAUUAGUGAGAACGUUCCACCUCAUGAGGCGGCUGGGGUUGAAAGAAUCAGAGCUGCGAUAUUAAAGGAUACGAAAGAGAUGGAGAAGAAGGCGCAAGAGUCGCAAAGGAGGAUCGAGAGUGUACCGAGAAGACCUAACAUGCAACACCAAGCGACUUUGCGAAGGGAUUGGGGUGAAAGAAAGCAAGAAGUCCGCGCGCAGUCGAAGGGCUUGCGAUUAAGCCUCAGUUUGAGCGUUAGUGCAGCAGGCAUCGCUGGGAGCUUUAGCAAGAUGCUUGGAUAG